GGAGGUCGUUGUCUGCAAACCCGAGAAAAGAUAUACUCUUGAACCAUUCUAGAUCUUUGGCUGAUUGCGAAAGCAAAGUGGUACCGAAAGCAAUUCGACAAAUACGCAGCAAACAACAAUGGUCGGUGUACCAAUAAGAAACAAGUGUGAUAACUGUCGGAUAAGGAAGAAGAAGUGUGGGGAGCAGCGUCCAUCUUGCGCAGAAUGCAUUCGUAGUGGUUGGAACUGUCCAGGAUAUCCGCCUCGUUGGAAAUUCAUGAACGAAACACCUCGACUGAAGAAAUUGUAUUCUCGGAAGAAAUACAUUUUUGAAUCCGAUGAUACAAGCCCAGAUGCCAUGAGCCCAGAAAAAGCCAUCCUUAGUCCCACAGAAUAUGGCUCGGAUAUGUUUCUCUUCGAGGACUUUCAAGUAGUCUCUCUAGAAGUUCCCCGAUUUCAUUACAAUAAUCCCCUGGCUACUAAAUUGAUGUACUGUCUGGGAUGUAAAGUGAAAGGGAAUCUAUUACCUCUUUGGCUUUCCGGAUCCUUUUUCCAAUACAUACCCGGUCGUCUGGGCCACAACAUUGCUCUCGAUGACGCCAUAUCUUGCGUUUGCAGUUUGUACUGUGAUAGAUCUUCAAAUGAAUAUACCAAGUCGAAUGCCAUCUACAGAAAUUAUGUUCGAGCCUUAUCCUCAUUACAGAAGUGUUUAACCGAAGAGAAUGUCUGUCUUCAGUCGGAAACAUUAUGCGCAUCUAUUUUAUUGCAGAUGUGCGAGCUUGCUGUGAAUGUUGAUAAAGCCAAAUGGAGUGGUCUCUCUCGCGGAACUUCCCAGCUCAUUGAAGCACGGGGGAUUGGUAGAUACAAAGAUCCAUUUGAUCUUGGAAUGCUUGAAUCUCAGCUGAGUUACAUUGUCAUUCAAUCUGCCAAAUUUCAGGAAGACUGCUAUCUCCGCAAGCCAGAAUGGCGGGCGCUCCUUGCAACUACAUCUGCGUGGCCUAGCAACACAGUCUCCGUGAAGGAGCUCAAAUCUCUGGAAUUACGGAUCCAGCUUUGCCAUCAGCUAUUCGAAUUACCCAGCGUUCUUAUGGAAGCUUCGUCGUUUUAUCAAAACUCCGGUGGAUUGUUAGCAGGCUCUUAUCCUGUUUUCAUGAAUCAGAUUCUUGAGAUGUGUUCUAAGAUGAAGGCAUGGUUAAGUUCCGAAGUAGAGCCUCACAUUUUCCACAAAUCAUUGGAUACCGUUGGAACUGAAGUUCAAUAUUCGGACCCGAUUGCAGGUGUUGUAGACUGCGUGGCAAAUACAACACUUCUGACACUUGAUAGAGUCAUCUGUUCAUUAUAUCACGGAAGCACGGCAACAAAUAAAAUUGAUACAUUCGAUGACCCUGAAAUCGUAGAGGGCUGGUAUCGCCGUGCACUUGUGGCAUACGAUUCCGUAAAUAGCGAGUCAACUUUUGCCGCUAAACCUCUAGGAAUUGGGUUGCAACAAUUCCAAUCGUCGAGUCCAAAGCCACUGUCAGGAUGAUGAAAUGGAAGCCAAUUGGCUCUGCUGGGAAUCUUGUGUUAUAUCGUUUUCUGCUUCCUGAAAAUUCUCAACUCCUCAUCACAUGGCCAUUGACAACAAUUUAAUGACUGGCCUCAUCUUUAGAUGAUCAACUAGCUUAGCCAUUAGUACCAAGUUACUCGAAAAGCAUUAAAUACAGAAGCUUGCAGUCUCCGUUUGGUGCGAUCGUCCGAAGGGAAGAUUGUACCAUUAUCCAAAGCAUACCACACUUCACGGAAUCACAAAUCCACCGGUUCAAGGGAGCGAUUGGUCACCAAAGCUAAGUCUAUGGUACACUUAUCAAAUGCACAAGAACACUCGACAUGACCUCGCUCUCGAUUCGCUUUCUAGAUCGCCAAAACUUGGAGCAUCGCCGAACUCUACUGAUGGGAUACUAAGAGUAUACUUCCAUAUCACCAGAUUACUCGGAUUGUUCAAUGGGGCACAAGUCGAGGCCAGCUCGCACAUGGAAUCGACAAAAUUAAAGGUUCACUUGGUAAAAUUCCAAAUAAGAUGAACUUGGUUCCCAAAAAUUAUCUCAAUGCCAAAAAUCACUUUUGAGCAAUAUCAUCCAGAGCUUGAUCAAAAAUCUGCAUAUCAAUCGGGAAAUGGGUCAGGCAGCAAGUAAUGCAAAGUCGCGAAUGAUGUUAAAAUUUGAGCAACAGCCAUAAUUGCAAGGAAAGGAAAAAUUCUCAUCAGUUGAUAUAUAGUUAUUGUGGGUGAAAAGGAUUUUCUUUCCCACUCUUAUGCAAAUGCCGAUUUGAUAAAGAGAAUGAGAUUGAAAUAUUGUAGCAAAAAUUUAAUUUAUUUUUCAGAAAAUAUAGAAAAUGUAAUAUAGUCUCGAAUACAAGAACAGAAGAACAGGACA